GUUACAGAUAUGUUAAAUGGAAAAGGACAGAAUGUGUACAGACUUCCUCCUCCAACUUCCUGCCCAGUUAGUUCCUCUGGUGAACCCAUCAAUCUCAGGAUCCCACAAACUGAAAAGCCCUCUGUCUCUAAGUUAAGUGAUGCGUCUGUAGCAGAACCUCUCAUAAGUGACCACAUGGAACGCUGGAAAAAGAUACGGCAAAA